AUGUCCCUUGAGUUCAAUAAUUCAGAUGGUAAUUACGUGAGGUGCAUAGAGAGGGAAAGACAAGCACUCCUUGCUCUCAAACGAGGCUUCACUGGUCAUGGCGGCGAUGAAGAACUACUGUCUUCAUGGGGAGGAAGAGAAGCCCAAAAGCAAGACUGUUGCAGAUGGCAAGGAGUCUAUUGCGACAGCAAAACCGGCCAUGUUACUCAACUUCAUCUUGGAGAUCAAUAUUUGAGAGGUACGAUUAGUCCUAAACUAAUUGAGUUACAGCAUUUAGAAGUAUUGGAACUCGUAUUCCGAGGGAGCAAAUUUCCAACAUCCAUUGGUUCCCUUACCUAUUUGAGGUACCUUGAUCUCUUUUUUCCUGAAUUCGAUGGGAAGUUCCCAUAUCAACUAGGAAAUCUUACACACUUGCAGUAUUUCAAAUUCAUGGGAAAUAGGGGUAGUAGAAUAGAAGACCUCAAUUGGCUCCCUUAUCUUUCUUCUUUAAAAUACUUGGACCUGAGUUACAGUAAUCUUAGUAGCAUAUUUGAUUGGCCGGAAACAAUAAACAAGCUCCCCAAUUUAAGAAAUUUGUCAUUGAGCUACUGUUCCCUUCCUCCUCCAGUCUUUUCCACUCUUUCUCACAUAAAUUCUUCCAAAUCUCUUGCUAGUGUUGACCUUAGUUACAACAUAGAUCUCACUGCCACGACUUCAGUAUUCAAAUGGUUGUGCAACUACAAUACCAGCCUUGUUGAUAUUAACCUCGUGAAUAACGAGUUAAGUGGUUCAAUUCCUGAUGUUUUUGGAAACAUGAGCUCUCUUGCACACCUUGAUCUCUCAUAUAAUAUCCUUGAAGGGGCGUUCCCGCUUUCCUUUUCGAAGUUAUGUAGUUUGCGAUAUUUGGCACUUGCAGCCAACAAUCUAAGUGGACGAUAUUAUGAUAUUUUUCAAAUAUUGUCAAACUGUGCGCAAAGCUCAUUAGAGAUUCUUGACCUCCAAGGGAAUUAUCACAUUGUUGGGUGGUUGCCUAAUCAUACAACCUUUCCGUACCUGAAGAGAUUAUCUCUUUCAGGCACUGGACUGAUCGGAAGAGUACCAGAAAGUAUAGGACAAAUGUCUAAAUUGGAGUGGAUCGAAAUGGCCAAUACUUCUUUAGAAGGGAUAAUUUCAGAAACUCAUUUCUCACAACUGUCCAGAUUGAUAGCUUUGGAUUUAUCAGAUAACUCGCUAUCUUUUAACGUCCAUUCUGAUUGGGUUCCUCCUUUCCAAUUGGAAAAAAUAGCAUUGAGGUCUUGCACGAUGGGUCCCUCUUUUCCCCAAUGGCUUCAGACGCAGAAGAAAGUAUUAGACAUUGAUAUAUCUGAUGCUGGAAUUUCUGAUAACCUUCCAAGUUGGUUCUGGGAAUGGUCUCAUAAGGCAACAUCUAUGGAUCUUUCUCGCAAUCAAAUAAAAGGAACAUUGGAACAUUUGAGGUUUGAGUUCGUUUACAACCCUGAACUCAAUUUGAGUUGGAACCUAUUGGAAGGUCCAAUCGUGUCCUCAAUACUUUUCUUAAAUGCAGACCUCUCUAACAAUAGAUUCUCAGGGCCAGCUUCUUUUUUGUGUGAUCCAAGUGUCAGCAAUUUAACAUUUCUUGAUCUCUCAAGCAACAAUCUAUCUGGGGAACUUCCGGAUUGCUGGACACAUUUAGAAAAUCUAAUCAUUCUUGAUUUGAGUAACAAUACAUUUUCUGGGACAAUUCCAAUCACAAUGGGAAACUUAGUUUCGAUUGAGUCAUUGAAACUAGAUAGCAACAAAUUUGUGGGAGGAUUUCCUUCCUUGGAGAAUUGCACAAACUUAAGAGCUUUAGGUCUUGAAAACAAUAAAUUUUCAGGACCUAUACCUAAGUGGUUAGGGGUUCGAUUUCCUGAUUUGGUCAUACUUAUCCUUCGAUCCAAUCUCUUCAAUGGUAGCAUUCCAUCACAACUGUGUCAUCUCACUAGCAUUCAAAUUUUGGAUUUGUCAAUCAAUAACAUCUCUGGAAGUAUACCAAAAUGUCUGAACAAUUUGACUGCUAUGGCUAAAGGUGGAGAUCUAAUUGAUUUAACGAUCAGUUACGAGUACAAACUUAAUAAUGGACCAAGUCUUAGCUAUGAUGGUGAAAACAAUGAAUACCUUUUCUAUGUUGCUAGGAUUUAUGAUGAUGAAAUGACCAUCACAUGGAAAGGAACAUUGUCCAGGUACGGAAGUACUCUGGGACUUGUAAAGAGUAUUGAUAUCUCGAGCAACAAGUUGACAGGAGAAAUUCCCAGUGAAAUCACUCGUCUUGUUGGGCUGGUUUCUCUUAACUUGUCAAGAAACUAUUUAACAGGUCAAAUAGCUCAUGAUAUUGGAAAGCUGCAGUCAUUGGAUUCCCUUGAUUUAUCCAGAAACCUAUUACAUGGCUCAAUUCCAACAAGUCUUUUUCAGAUAUAUGGUCUUGGCUAUUUGGACUUGUCAUACAACAACCUUUCUGGAAAGAUUCCAAUGGGUUCUCAACUCCAAAACUACGAUGCCUCGUAUUUUGCUGGAAAUCCUCAGCUUUGUGGACUUCCACUUGAGAGGUCGUGUUCUCUAGAUACUGAAUCCAGUCCACGACAAGUCGAGAACCCUGGAACUGAAGAAGAAGAAGAUGGACUCAGCACACAAGGAUUCUACAUCAGUGUAGGGCUUGGAUUUUUUGUUGGAUUUUGGGGCGUUUGUGGCAGUUUGAUUAUCAAUAAGUCAUGGAGAUAUGCAUACUACAAGUUCUUUAAUCUUCUGAACGACCAACUUUAUCUGAGAAUCACUUUGAUCAUGAGGCAAUUAAAGAACAGACUAGCCUAA